GAGGCAAAAAAAACAUCUUUUUGUCCCUGGCGGGCGAAAUCCCAAGUUUUGAUACAACAAAGAGAUAUAUUUUCUAUUAAAAGAGCAACCGCUCUCUGAAACUGCGGGCGUCAUUCACUGUGCUCUCGUGCCACUGGCUGGCAAAGGCCGGUAUAUGGUUUAUAUAAAGCCGUGCCAGUGAAUCAGAUGAUUACUAGGUCUAAAAGCAAGAUUACUUUUAAAUUUCCUACCCGUUUAGCACAAUCUACCUUCAAGCAAGAUGCGAAAGUCACCACCAGCCAUGGCGGCUCCAAAGAUCAAACAAGAGACUUACGAAUACGAAGAAAGUGAAGGGAGUCUGAGAAAUAAGUCAGCAUGGGACGGCUUUGACGAAGACUGCGAGAUUGUCGGGCUCGGGGAUGUUUCACCGCUUACCCUGCAACAGCAGCUGGAGAUUGAGAAGAAGGUCUACCCCGGAGCCAAGACAUGGGCGCCUCGAGAGGAGCUUCUCUUUGAAAGGCUGUUCAUGCGACAGGAGCUGGCCAUGUUGCCUGCCCACUGGGAUGUUGACUUUCGCGAUGUUCCUAUUGGAGACGCCGCUUUUGCCGUGAAGGGCGAAAGCGAGCCCAUCAUCUACGCAUACGGCAAAGAAUUUUCAGCCACCACCGCACUGACAAAGCUCAUUGACCUCACAUCCGCGGUGCGCACAGCCUCACAAACGGGCCUCGUCAACCGCUCAAGUGAGGUGUUGAAGAAAGGUCUUGAACGAUAUCUCGCAUGGGCAGCCGAGGACGCAGGAUACAACAAGCUGAAAGUUGUUCCUAAUAUUAUUGCCGAAAUUGUAAGCCCUGAGCUGGAGGAAGAUGCCGUCACCGAUUACAUGCAGUCCCGUAUGCGAGCCCUCGCUCGUCUCCAGCGAGAAUUCUUGCACAAAGACCGCCGGUCAGACUUUUGGAAGCUGGAGCCGUCAACCGAUCCAAACGACACUCCCAACAAAACGCCGCUCUCUAAAAAGAAGCUGCUCUUGCAAAAGUAUCUCUCACCGCACGGCAAGCGUCUAGCCAAGAGAAAGAGAGCAAGCAACGACGACGACUCUGAUGACUUCGCUCCGCAAUCUGAAGAUUCAACCCCGACUAAGAGCGGCUCUAAUAAUCGCAGGGUUCGGAGAAAGCUCCAUCACUUUUCAACAGAGUAUGACGAGUUGGCGACGGAUCAGUCUAGCAUAUUGAGCUUCCAACCGACAGCAACUCAAACGAUGCCAACCGACAGCAGCCGCCCCGAGACACCCAAGGGCAAAGAUAUCACCAAGGGCGAGAUGUUAGAGUACCGCCGACAACCUCCCGUCGUGUACGGGCUCUUCAUCCUUGGCGAAACCGCCUUUGUCUUGACGGUAGACUCAGCCCGCGGCGAGUCCGGUUACAUUAGCUUCCUCUGUGAAACCGAUUUUAUGAACAAGGGCCAGACCAUUUGGAACGCUUUAACCAUUGCCAUGGUUGUCUGUAUGGCACGCGACGAUCUUCGCGAACGUAUGCAUGACUUUGAGGAUGCCACUUUUGAGGACGACACGGAUCACGAUGCUUGAUUUUUACCAUGUAUGCGCAUUCACACUACGUUUGCUUUUCUUAACACCACUCCCUCCCUGUCCUUUUUUUCACACAAUAGAUA